UGACGUGGAUAGUACAAGAAAAAGAGUUGGAAGAGGCUCCAAUACUUUACCAUUUAAUACAUUUGUCGGCCAACACUAAUUGGUCCCACUAACUUAAAAUAAUGCCUAAACCUAGCAAAAUUGGAAUCAUUCAUCCCAACACAACACGUGGCGGUCCCACCACUCUAAAAAAUUUCUAACUCACUUUCCCUUCUCGUGAUCCACGUCAUCCGCAAACUCAACUGGUCCCACCCAGCACACUUUUCUGACCGUUAAACAUUGACUUAUCAUGAACCUUACCGUAUACGAUUCGAACCUUCUUCACCAACACUGCAGGUAUUAAUUUAUAUAAAAACAACACGAACGAUCUAAGCUCAGUGAGUCGAUCUCACUCUCUCUUUCUUUCUAGCUACCAUGGCUGGUACUACUUUCCAAUUUUGGCUCUCGUUUAUCUUCUUCAGUCUCGCACGUGCGCAGCUCCCCGGCACGUGGGAGGUUAUAGUGGAAAAUGCUGGCAUAGCUUCCAUGCACACCGCCGUGACCCGCUUCAAUACCGUUGUGCUUCUCGACCGGACCAAUAUUGGACCCAGCCGGAAAAUGCUUCGGAAGGGACAUUGUCGUAACGAUCCAAACGAUGUCGUUUUGAAACGUGACUGUUACGCUCACUCUGUGCUUCUUGACCUCAACACCAACCAAGUUCGACCUCUCAUGAUCCAAACCGACACGUGGUGCUCCUCUGGUCAGUUCCUUCCCGACGGAACGCUUCUUCAGACCGGCGGUGAUCUCGAUGGGCUCCGGAAGAUCCGAAAGUUCGAGCCUUGCGAGGCAAAAGGGUCGUGCGAUUGGGUCGAGUUGGACGAUGUAGCAUUGGUUGAGGGGAGGUGGUACUCCACGAAUCAAAUUCUUCCCGACGGGUCCGUCAUCAUGGUCGGUGGGAGAGCCGCGAAUACCGUCGAGUACUACCCGCCGAGAAAAACCGGCGCCGUUUCGCUCCCAUUUCUUGCGGAGGUUGAGGACAGCCAAAUGGACAAUCUAUAUCCUUAUGUUCAUCUUCUCCCAAAUGGGAAUCUCUUCAUCUUCGCUAACAAUAAAGCUGUGUCCUAUGAUCACGUGGCUAACAAAGUCGCGAGGCAAUAUCCACCGUUGGAAGGUGGCCCGAGGAAUUACCCGUCAGCCGGAUCCUCCGUCAUGCUUGCCCUCCAAGGAGACUACUCGACGGCGGUGAUUGUAGUGUGCGGAGGAGCCCAGUUCGGCGCGUUUAUCGAAAGAAGCACAGACACUCCGGCACACGGGAGUUGCGGUCGGAUCGUGGCAACGGCACCCGACCCGGUUUGGGAAAUGGAGGACAUGCCGUUUGGGCGGAUCAUGGGGGACAUGGUUAUGCUUCCGAGCGGAGAGGUAUUAGUUAUCAAUGGAGCUCAAGCUGGAACUCAAGGAUUCGAAAUGGGUACAAACCCCUGUCUAUAUCCGCUUCUUUACCGACCCGAUCAACCAAUCGGGCUACGGUUCAUGACCUUGACUCCGGGCACAGUACCGAGAAUGUACCACUCCACGGCCAAUUUGUUACCCGAUGGGCGUGUUCUGAUUGCCGGUAGUAACCCGCAUUAUUUUUACAAGUUGGAAGCUGAGUUCCCGACCGAGUUGAGGAUCGAAGCGUUUUCGCCCGAGUACUUGAAUCCGGAUCGGGCUAAUAUCCGACCCGUGAUUGAGGGGAUUCCGGAGACGGUACGUUACGGCGAGGCAUUUGAUGUGGUGGUUUCCGCUACGCUGGGCUUUGUUGGGAUUGUCGAAGUCAAUUUCGGGAGCGCGCCGUUUGCUACUCACUCAUUUUCUCAAGGUCAGCGGCUGGUCAAACUUGCCGUCAACCCCGCCGUUCCUGCCGGAGACGGCCGGUAUAAGAUCAGCUGUACGGCUCCGCCUAAUAGUAUGGUUGCGCCACCGGGUUAUUACAUGGCUUUUGCGGUCAAUCAGGGCGUGCCAAGUGUUGCUCACUGGAUACAUGUGGUGUCUUAGUGUUGCUGCUAUUUAUUUUUUUCUCAAAAUUCUCAAAUUGGAUUUUGUUAAUUGUUUAUAUUAUAUAUAUUGAAAAAAAAAAGAUAUAUUUAUAUUUGGUAAUGUUCAAAUGGGACAUUAUAUAUGUGAAUAAGUUUUUGAUACAUUCAAUGCUUUCCUUUA